AUGCUGCACAAAUGGAAGGUCGCGAAGGGCGGUGGGUGCGCCGGCGGGGUCGCGGGCGGCGGCGGCGGCGACCAACGCCGGCGGUGCGUGGCGGCGUCGCUGUCCACGCUGAUCGCGGCCACACUGGCGUUCCUCGCCUACGUCGCCUUCUUCCCGGACGACGGCGCGCACGGGCUGUACCGGCUGUGGAGGUGCCAGGACUGCGCCGCGGGCGAUCUGGGCGAGUUCCCCGGUGACGACGUGGCAGCCGCGGCCGACGGUCCUUCGGCCGCGCGCGUGGCCCGGUCGCCGACGACGCUGUCGCACGUCGUGUUCGGCAUCGGCGCGUCGGCGCGGACGUGGGACCAGCGCCGCGGGUACGCGGAGCUGUGGUGGCGCCCCGACCAGAUGCGCGGGCACGUGUGGCUCGAGGAGCAGCCCGUGAGCCCGUGGCCGGCGGCGACGUGCCCGCCGUACCGCGCCUCGGCGGACGCGUCCCGGUUCGGGGACCGCGCGUCGGCGUCGCGGAUGGCCCGGAUCGUGGCGGACUCGUUCCUGGCCGUCGCGGCGGAGCUCGGGAACGGCACGACGGCCCGGGACCGGGAGGAGGUGCGGUGGUUCGUGAUGGGCGACGACGACACUGUCUUCUUCCCGGACAACAUGGUGGCCGUGCUGCGCAAGUACGACCACGAGGAGAUGUACUAUGUCGGGGCGCCGUCGGAGAGCGUGGAGCAGGACGUGAUGCACUCGUACGGCACGGCCUUCGGCGGCGGCGGGUUCGCGGUCAGCUACCCGGCCGCGGCCGCGCUCACCGAGGCCAUCGACGGCUGCCUCGACCGGUACAGGUUCUUCUUCGGCAGCGAUGAGCGCGUCAAGGCCUGCCUCAGCGAGCUCGGCGUGCCGCUCACCCGCGAGCCCGGCUUCCACCAGGUGGACAUCCGCGGCGACGCGUACGGGAUGUUGGCGGCCCACCCAGUGGCGCCGCUGGUGUCGCUGCACCACCUGGAUCACGUGAAGCCCAUAACCCCGCGGGGCAAGACGGCGCUGGACGCUGUCCGGCCCCUGGUGGGCGCGUCCCGCUUCGACCCGGCGCGGGUGCUGCAGCAGAGCUUCUGCUACCAGCGCGGGCCGGGCUACGUCUGGUCCGUCUCCGUCGCGUGGGGCUACACCGUGCAGGUGUACCCGUGGGCCGUGGCCCCGCACGAGCUGGAGGUGCCGCUGCGGACGUUCCGGACCUGGCGGAGCUGGGCCGACGGGCCGUUCGUGUUCAACACGCGGCCGCUGAGCCCGCACGACGCGUGCGCCCGCCCCGCCAUGUUCUUCCUCAACCGGGUCCGGAACGAGACGGCGCGCGCCACCGUGACGGAGUACGCGAGGCACGCCGCCCCGUCGUCGGAGAAGGGGGAGUGCGACAAGGCCAGCUUCCGUGCGGCGUCCACGGUGCACACGGUCAGGGUCAUCGCCCCGAGGAUGAGCGAGAGUGACUGGAGACGGGCACCGCGGCGGCAGUGUUGCAAGACGAAGCGGACGAGGUGGGGCUCGGUGCUGGAGGUGCGGAUACGAUGUUGCGGCAGAGGAGAGCUCACGUCGCCGUAG